GGGGUAGACAGAUACACAGAGCGUCAUAAAGCAUCAUAAGGACCCUGAUUGUACGAGCAAUACAACGACUGACUAAGCCUUGCCGACUCGCGACAUCUCUGCUGUAACAAAACACCAUGGUCGACAAACUGAUUGGCACCUGGAUGUCUGUUUCAUCGGAAAAUUUCAACACCUUUUUGGAUGCGGCUGGUGCGUCUCAAGCAUUAAAAGCAGUUGCCAUCAAAAAGUCCACAGUCACUAUCUCCCGAGAGGAUGGCGGUUGGAAACUGGUCAGAACGGUAGGGGACAACACCAUCCAGAUGGUCUACCCCCUCGGCCAGGAAGUGGAAAUUACAUCAUUCUCAGGAAAGAAAAUGAAGGCUGCUUUAAUAGAAGAACCCGGGCGUCUAAUAGAAACAAUUCACAUGGACUUUGGCAAAGCGACAGUGGUGUUAUCCGCUGACAAUAACGAGCUCCUCACCGAAAUAUUUUUUAAAGACAGCUUCGCUACCGUCACGUGGCAACGCGUCUGAUUUACAUCACGAGUGACAAGAACGCCAAUAAUUUCACAAGUUUUACAUGAACAUAUUUAAUAAAAUUUGAUGAAAUUA